AUGCCGGUCUCCAGAAUCCGUACGAAAGUCAGAGAAGAGUUCGAAAAGCACAGAUAUGUCAACAAUGUACAGGCAGUCGACGUCCUACUCCAACAGAGUCAUGCAGAAUUUCAGGAAAUGUUGAAUUACUGGAAGCAGUACUCACACGUCAUGAAGUACUUUAGGGUGGAUGAAGAUGAGAAUGCGAAAUUGCCGAAGAACUUCAUCCAGGGUUUUCUUGAGGGCCGUAACUAA